AAAAAACUUUUUCUAAUGGCAACAACUGAGAAGUAAAUAAAUAACUCAUUUUUUCCAUUUCUGUGUUUAUGUUGAUUAUAAAAGAUAUUUUUUCUCUGUUCCAAGCUUAUUCACUGAACAAACUUCAUAAUCAUGUCUGAUUUUGAUUAUGAAGCGAGGUUACUACAAUUGCAAAUAAAAGAAAAUGAAGAUAGAUACAUAAGUGGAGAGCUCACGUUGGAUGAGCCAUUGAGGAAAACAGAAGAGUUAUAUGAUAAGGCCUAUGAAGAAUCAUACUCAAAAGACAAAACGAGCAGAAAAAUUGAGUUUUCUCAAACAAGCAACACAACCAAGUUUUCGCGCGAUUCUGGGCUGAUGCAACUUCAAUCCAAAAUUGUGCAAAAGCGUACAAAAAUCUACAAACCAGAUACUCUAGUCUUUGACCCCAGAGAAUUUUCUGAAAAAUUGAAAAGGCACUAUAAUUGUGCUGUAUCAGAUGAGGAAAGAAAUAAUAAAAGAUCAUCUAAUCAAUUUUAUUCAAUCCUAUGGCAAAAAUUAGGUGAAGAAAGUCAGGAAAAAAUGCACACUGCUCCCACUUUUGACUUUUUAUAUGGCACUUUUGAUGCGCAGCCAGCUUCACCUGUAAAAAAGAAACGAAGAAGAAUUGAAAAAGACAAAGUAGCCAAUGCUGUUAAACCUAAAACUGUUGAUGUGAAAGAAUGUUCUGAAGAAAAAGACUUAAUGUUAGAUCGGGCUACUAAAAUAUUGUCUAUUUUAGCAAGAUAUGUUAGCAAGACUAGUAAGAAAGCUAUAUGUUUUUAUGAAUUUGUAAUUGAUCCUCAUUCUUUCUCACGCACAAUUGAAAAUAUAUUUUUGGUGACAUUUUUGCUACGGAAUGGAAAUGUAUGUAUUUUCUCUGAUGAACAAGGCCUUCCUUGGAUAAGAGAUGUUAAACCAGAAGAGAAAAAAGAAAGGGCUAGAGAUCAUAAAGAUAACAAACAAAGUGUACUCAGCAUGAGUCUUGAAGAGUGGAAGGCAAUAAUAGAAAAAUGCAAAUUCAAAGAAGCUAAAAUACCACCACAGAAGUCAAAAGCAACUCAAGAGAGAUAAACUAAUUUUAUCUAAAUCAUUUGUUUACUUUUAAAGAUAAUCGUUUUUUAAUAAUUUAUCGUCUUUUAACAAAUAGUGUUACGUUUUUAAAUGAAUUCAUUUGAGCAUUGUUUACCCGCCAUACAAUGUAACACAUCACUGUAUCAUCGUCUUGUAUAUAGAAGAAUAAUGAUUCAAAAUUUUCAUUCCAGGAAGCAAUUUUUGUGAAAAUAAAUUUGUCGAUACUUGUAACUUACACAUUUGCUAUGGUAUCUAUACUAUUUAUUAGACAAAUAUUUCUUUCUGCGAUUAGUGCCUUUCAUGAAAUGUGAGAUAGAAUUGCAAUACUAUUUUGUGAUAAAUUUUAUGUUGGAUUUAUUCAUAAUAUGUUUUCGUUAUUGAUUUUUUCUAUUCAGCACCAUGGGUGCCAGUUGGAAAGAAGGCCAAGACUGAAAAUUUUUUGACUGAAAUACCUAACAUGCACAAUACCCCCUCGACAUAUGCAAACUAUCUGAGAAAGCUUUACCAUAAUACAUCAAGUUUAAAUACUGUACAAAAAAUAUUUAUUCAUCUGUCUUUUGAUAAAAUAACAACAGGACAUAAGAAAGUAGACCAAUAACGUAGACCUAAAAAGUAUUUUUAAGGACAGAAAAAAAAAAUAAUUCCGAUUUCCGUCUUAGAGUCAGUCUUGUUUCCGUCUUACUUCCGUCCGCGGACAAUUUCGAAAGACGGAAAUCCGUCCUGGGGACGGAAGACUUGCACCCAUGUUCAGCACUUAGCAUUUAAGUUUAAGAUUUUUGUUAAUAAUUUCUUCUUUUUAAGUCAUACAUAGAACUUUACUGCUUUAAAAUUGGUUUCAAAAUUUUAUAAUUAAAAAAUAUUUUCUAUAAAAUAAAAUGAUCUGAAAGUGAUUUUGUUUUGCAUUAAAACUAUUUGUUUUACUUCUAGAUUUGUAAUUUUUUUUAAAAUCAAGUUUGCAAUCAAACAUUCAUAGUAUACUUACUUUCAACGCUGUGUUUGCUAUUUAAAAUUUAAUAGUUCUCAAGUUAUUAUUUUAUAAAUAUCAGGGUAUUAGUUUUGUUAUUAUGAUUUAUUUUUGUGUAACCGAUAAGUUAUAAAUUGAACAUAUACAUUUUGAAAAAUCUCCUCAAAAUGUUUUUGUAUUUUUUUUCUUAUUUUGCUUAUCAUAUUUAAUAGCUAAUUAAAAUAUGCAGCAUUAUCUCUUUGUAUUCAUAACUAACAUUUAAAGUAAAUAAAAAUGAGUUUUAAAUUUUU